CACAGUUCCGCAGACCCAGUGUGUGUUUUGACGUUGUUUUGUUGAGAGCUGUCUACACACACUCACACACACAGCGAACCUCCGGUGACCGUCCGCAGCCUCGGAUACUGAAGAAGGAUCGGGCUGAAACAUGGCGUCGGACUCUCCCCGCAGGCCGAGCCGCUGUGCCGGAGGCGUUCUGGUCCGAGCUCAAGCUGCUACGGAGCAGUCGUACAUGGAGAGCGUGGUGACCUUCCUGCAGGACGUCGUCCCUCAGGCGUAUACUGGAGCUCCGCCCACGGACGAGAAGGAGAAGAUCAUCUGGGUUCGCUUUGACAAAGCAGACAUCAACGAUACUUCUCGCAACCCGGAGUUUAUGGAGAUGCACAGCGGCACGACGGAGCCUCCCCUCUGCCUGAUGAUCGGAUACACCGACGGGAUGCAGAUCUGGAGCGUGUCGCUGGCCGGUGAAGCUCAGGAGCUGUUCUCGGUGCGUCAUGGUCCGGUGAGAGCGGCUCGCACGCUGCCCGCCCCGCACGUCGGUCCUCUGAAGACGGACACGUUCGCUGAGAAGAGGCCUCUGCUCGGCGUCUGCAAGAGCACCGGCUCGUCCGGAACCAGCCCUCCUUACUGCUGUGCCGACCUGUAUUCCCUGCGGACUGGAGAGAUGGUGAAGUCCAUUCAGUUCAAGACGCCCAUCUACGACCUGCACUGCAACAAGCAUAUUCUGGUUGUGAGUCUGCAGGAGAAGAUCGCUGCUUUCGACAGCUGCACCUUCACCAAGAAGUUCUUCGUAACAAGCUGUUACCCCUGCCCUGGCCCCAGCCUCAACCCUAUAGCGCUGGGAAGCCGCUGGCUAGCCUACGCUGAGAACAAGCUGAUCCGGUGCCACCAGUCCCGUGGAGGAGCCUGUGGAGACAACGCACAGUCGUACACAGCUACAGUGAUCAACGCAGCCAAAACUCUGAAAACCGGCCUGACGAUGGUGGGGAAGGUGGUGACCCAGCUGGCGGGCACCAUCCCGGCGGGCACGCCGGACGAGGAGGGCGCGCCGCACAGCACGAGCCGCCGCAGCCCCCACAACCCCGGCGUGGUGACCGUCAUCGACACGCACAGCGUGGGAGAGGGACAGGUCCUGGUGAGCGACGACUCGGACGGAGAGGGACUGGUGGCUCACUUCCCAGCUCACGACAAACCCAUCUCCUGCAUGCAGUUCAACCCCAGCGGAAUGCUGCUGGUGACGGCUGACACGCUGGGCCACGACUUCCACGUCUUCCAGAUCCUCACACACCCCUGGGCGUCGUCCCAGAGCGCCGUCCACCAUCUGUACACACUGCACCGAGGGGAGACCGAAGCCAAGGUCCAGGACAUGUGCUUCAGCCAGGACAGCCGCUGGGUGGCCGUCAGCACGCUCCGCGGCACCACCCACGUCUUCCCCAUCAACCCGUACGGCGGCGCCCCCUGCGCCCGCACGCACAUGUCCCCCCGGGUGGUCAACCGCAUGUCCCGCUUCCAGAAGAGCGCCGGCCUGGAGGAGAUCGAGCAGGAGCUGAACCGGGCGGCCGCCUUAGGAGGAGCAGGAGGGGGAGGCGUGGGAGGAGGCAGCUGCAUCCUGGGAGGAGGAGGAGGCAUCGGAGGACGCUGCAGCCCCAUCCCCGGUCUGUCCAGCAGCCCGUCCGGCUCCCCACUGCACGCCAAGCUGAGCAGUCAGGAUUCGUACAAUAACUUCACCAACAACAACAUGGGGAACCCCCGGCUCAGCCCGCUGCCCAGCCUGACCGUGGUGCUGCCGCUGGCGCAGAUCAAACAGCCCAUGACCCUGGGAACCAUCACCAAGCGCACCGGACCCUACCUCUUUGGGGCGGGAUGUUUUGCCAUUAAAACUCCAUGCAAAGCCAAGCCGCCUCCUCAGAUCUCCCCCAGCAAGUCCAGCGGAGGGGAGUUCUGCGUGGCCGCCGUCUUCGCCGCGUCCCGGUCCUGGUUCAUCACCAACCCCAGCCUGAAGCGAGAGAAAGACCAGUCCAAGCAGUCGGUGGUGGACUCGCUCUACAUCGUCAGCUGCUACGGGAACCUGGUGGAGCACGUCCUGGAGCCCCGGCCCAUCAGCACGGCGCCCAAGAUCAGCGACGACACGCCGCUGGAGCUCAACACGUGUCCCAGGGCCUGCUGGACUCUGGCCAGGACUCCCCAGUGGAACGAGCUGCAGCCGCCCUUCGGCUCCAGCCACCCCCUGGUGCUGGCCUCGGACCUGGUGCAGUCCUACCAGAGCCUGCUGGCCGCGAUGCCUCCAGGAAGUCCCGGGCCCAUCACUCGCCACGAGUCGUCCGACAGCCUGGCGUCGGACCACAGCGGCCCGGAGGACGAGGAGUGGCUCUCUCAGGUGGAGAUCGUGACCCACACCGGCCCCCACCGCCGCCUGUGGAUGGGCCCCCAGUUCCAGUUCAAGACCAUCCAGCCCUCGGGCCAGACCACCGUCAUCUCGUCCUCGUCCUCCGUCCUGCAGUCCCACGGCCCGUCCGACGUCCAGCAGCCGCUGUUGGACUUUGACACUGACGACCUGGACCUGCACAGCCUCAGGAUCCAGCCGGUCCGGUCUGAACCGGUCAGCAUGCCCGGCUCCUCUCGGCUGGUGGGCGAGCGCAGAGGACAGGCCAGCAUCCUGGACGCGGGAUCAGGCCCUUUUGACGGACGCGGGGUGACCUUGCUGGAGGUGUGCGGGAGCUGGCCCGAGAGCUUCGGCGUGCCGCGGCACAACGUGGGCUCAGCGGACGCCAGCGACGAGGGCCUGCGAGAGAGGCUGGCCGACGCCAUGUCUGAGUCCCCCUCCAGGGACGUGGUGGGCUCCGCCACAGAGCUGCAGAGGGAGGGCAGCAUCGAGACCCUCAGCAACAGCUCGGGCUCCACCAGCGGCAGCAUCCCGCGCAACUUCGAGGGCUACCGCUCGCCGCUGCCCACCAACGAGAGCCAGCCGCUCAGCCUGUUCCCCACCAACUUCCCCUGAAGACCCACCUGGGCCCCGCACCGCCACGCCCCGCCCCUCCUGGCUCCGCCCCCUUCAGAGGACUGCCAUGUGUUUGGUGUUUUCCUGCUUCUCGUAGAGCUGGCUGCAACAAACAGCACUGGGAUUUUAAUCUGGGGUUACAUUUUAUUGAGUCCUUUGAAAUUUCACCAUUUUGUAGCUGAAAUCAUUCCAGUGAGCUGAUUAUUGAGCUUCCUCCAGAUGUUUCCCUCCAGCGAGUGACUGUAGCUUCUGACCAGCUUCACCCAGCAGACCGUUUCCCCACUCUGUGUGUGUGUGUGUGUGUGUGUGUGUGUGUGUGUGUGUGUGUGUGUGUGUGUGUGUGUGUGUGUGUGUGUGUGUGUGUGUGUGUGUGUGCUCUCACGUCCCCUCUCUAGAAGUUCCAAAUGUUUCAGAUUGAAUCUGGUUGUUUUAUUUCCAUGUGUUGAUCUGGAGUUAUAAUAAUAAUGCACUGGUUUGGACACUCAGACGCUUCACACUGCAUUCUUCAUUCUCUCCAUGCUGGGUGGUGGUAAGCUACUGCUGUAGCCACAGCUGCCCUGCGGCAGACUGACGGAAGCGAGGCUGCCAAUCGACGCCAUCAGCCCCUCCGACCACCACCAACCAUUCACUCUCACAACUUUCAUACGAGGCAAGGUGGUGAAGCGUCUUGCCCAAGGACACAACGGCAGUUUUACGCCUGCGGGAGCGGGGAUCAAACCGCCAACAUUCUGGUUAUAAGACAACCCACUCUAUCAUCUGAGCGACUGUCGCCCCGUUGAGUUCUCUCGCUCCGAGGAGUGUGUUGUGUGUCUGAGGUGUGUGUUCUGGAUCCAGCUGUGUGUUGGAGGCUCAUGUCAGCGUCACACUGCAGUUUAACUACAUUAGCGUCUUUUGACCAAAACCGUUAGAUGAAGUGUUUUCCCUGCCUGUGCUCAGCUUCCCUCUGAAAACCUGGAGUGUGUGAGGUGUGUGUGAGGUGUGUGUGAGGAGUGUGUGAACAGAGGAGCAGCUGAAGCUCUUCCUGCUGCAUGCCACACUGAUCCUGACUGUUUCUGAUUCAAGACUGCAUUUGUAAAAGGUUAUUUCUCUUCUCUGCAUUCAAAGCAUAAUAAAGUGGAGGUGGAGCUGUGUGUGUGUGUGUGUGUGUUUGUGUGUGCGUGCGUGCGCACAUUUUUCUAUCCUUGUGGGAACAAAU